CCAGGGGUGCCCACAGCAGGCAGGGGUACAGGGCUGCUCGGAAUUUGCCUCAGGCAGCUGCAGGCCCAGUGUCUCCUGGGCGCCAUGGCCCCCCCACGGCUCUUCUGGAUGUGGCUUCUGGUGGCAGGAGUGCAAGGCGCGCGGGACGGGGACCUGCGGCUGGCCGGCGGGAACGCCCCCAGCGAGGGCCGCGUGGAGAUCUUCUACAGAGGCCAGUGGGGGACGGUGUGUGACGACCAGUGGGACCUGACGGACGCCGGCGUCGUCUGCAGGGCCCUGGGGUUCGACAACGCCACCCAGGCUCUGGGCGGAGCCGCCUUCGGGCCAGGAAGCGGCCCUGUCAUGCUGGAUGAGGUGCAGUGCACGGGCGCGGAGCCGUCGCUGGCCAGCUGCCGCUCCCAGGGCUGGCUGAGGAGCGACUGCGGGCACCAGGAGGACGCCGGCGUGGUCUGCGCCGGGGAAGCAAGAGAAAACGACACACACACCCUGGACCUGUCCGGAGAGCUCCCCGAGGCUCUCGGGCGCAUCUUCGACAGCCAGAAGGACUGCGACCUGGCCAUCAGGGUGAAGGUCAAGGGGGAGGCCGAGGCCCAGGACCUCUGCGCCCACAGGCUGAUCCUGGCCGCCAACCCCGAGGCCUGGGACCUGGUGAAGGAGGCGGGCAGCAAGGUGACCCUGCAGGUGGAGGCCGAGUGCGUGCCCGUGGUCAGGGACUUUAUCAGGUACUUCUACUCCCGAAGGGUCGACAUCACCCUGUCGUCGGUCAGGUGCUUCCACCAGCUGGCGUCCACCUACGGGGCCGAGCAGCUGCAGAGCUACUGCGGCCGCCUCUUUGCCAUCCUCCUGCCCCAGGACCCCUCUUUCCAGAUGUCCCUGGAGCUCUACGCCUAUGCCCUGGCCAGCCGGGACCCGGUGCUCGAGGAGGUCUGCACGCAGUUCCUGGCCUGGAACUUCGGGGCCCUGACCCAGGCCGAGGCCUGGCCACACGUGCCCACCGCCCUGCUCCGAGCCCUGCUCUCCCGGAGUGAGCUAGCCGUGCCCAGCGAGCUGGCCGUGCUGCAGGCCCUGGACCAGUGGAGCCAGGAGAGCCAGGCCUCCCACAGGGAGGUGGCGGCGCUGCUGCGCAAGGUCCGCUUCCCCAUGAUGCUGCCCCAGGACCUCUUCCAGCUGCAGUUCAACAUGUCCCUGUACCGGGCCCACGAGGCGCUCUUCCAGAAGCAGGUCCUGCAGGCCCUGGAGUUCCACACCGUGCCUGUGAGGCUGCUGGCCCAGCAAGGAGGCCUGAACCUCACGGAGGCCGCCUUCUGGCCCCGACUGUACACCUCGCCCACCUGGAGCGCCUCCGUCACGGGCGGCUCUAACCCUUACCAGCUGUCCCAGUACUCCCCCGUCUUUGCCCCAUACUACAGAGGAGAGUCCAGGUCUUACUACCCCUCCCAGUACUUCCAGACCCCCCAGCACCCCAGCUUCCUCUUCCAGGACAAGCAGGUCUCCUGGUCUCUCCAGUACCUGCCCACCGUGCAGAGCUGCUGGAACUACGGGGUCUCGUGCUCCUCGGGCGAGCCCCCCGUCCUGGCCCUGUCCAAGUCCGGCUACUCAGACCCCACCAUCGGCUACCAGAACAAGGCCCUGAUGCUCUGCGGGGGCCGCUUCGUGGCCCACGUCACCGAUUUCAAGGACCAGAAGGCGGUGAUCCCGAGCCCCUCGGGCACCAACGGCUCCAGGAGCGAAUCCUUCUUCCCCUGCUCCCCGGGGCCCUUCAGCAGCUUCCAGGUGGUCAUCCGCCCCUUCUACCUGACCAACUCCUCCGAUGCAGACUACAGCUAGCCUGGCAGGGGGCCCCACAACCACCCCCGACGCCAGCCAUCAGAUGUCCCUCCUGCUGCCGCUGGCCCCUCCGGGCUUAAAGAAGUUACUGGAAGUUUUCAACCAGUGCUGCUGAGACUUUCAGGUCUGCAGGCCUCUAGAGGGUUUUCGGGUGGGACCCGCGAGGCGGGGUGUGGUCGCCCCGGAGGCCACCCUCCACCUUCUCAGCCCCAGACCGUCCAGUCAGGGCAUUAAAGUGCAGC